AUGUCACUUACUAAAAUUAUGACAGACAUGUUUUCGCAAAUGCCUCCACUUGAAAGGAUGGACAGAGAAUCCGGUGAACCGGUAGGACAUGGUGAAACGUGCUCGAAAGAUUUUUUAGAAUUAGAUAAUGUUAGGGUAUAUCCUUGUAGUUUAGCUUUUGCUGGUGCGUAUGACGGCAAGGUAUUUCUGGAAAAGUUUCAAAUUAUCAACGUGGGAAAGAUUCCCGCGUUCGUGAGAGUUAUGCCGCCGACAUCCAAGGCCUUCAAAAUGAAACCACUCCCAAAAGGAAAAAUGCUAUCUUCAGGCCUUAGUAUUACUCGAUAUAUAAAAUAUACACACAGUAGUGCUGUGGCGUUAUCCCAAAUUUAUAUAACGCUUUAUAUUAACGAAAAACCUGUCUUGUAUGAGUUAGAAGUGUAUCUUAAUCAAGCCAUCGUCAAAACUUCACCAAAGAUGUUGCAUUUUGGAGAUAUCGACGUUGGAACAGCUUCUGAACAACUAUCAGUACAUUUACACAAUGAAGGCGAAAAAGUGACCACUUUUGUUGUUGAUUUAGGAAGACAUGAUCUAGAACUUAUAAUUGAUCCCAUGAGAGGUACCAUUAAGCCUUCUGAAAUUGUGGAAAUAAAAGUAGAAAUACUCGGCUCACGGGAAGGCAAAUUUUUAAAAGAAUUCUGGAUAAAAACCGACCCCCCACAAAGAAUUUAUAUUACGGGAACUUUUAUUAUGCCACAAUUAAAACUAGAACACCCAUUUAGCAACUUUGAUUUAAUCGUUAUCCAUUUUCCCAAAACUUACUACAAUGCCGAAAGCAUCAGAGCGCUAGUAGUAAAAAACAGCAGUUCCACUAACACGAUGUUCUGUACCAUGGCGAUAUAUAAAAAUGAAGAAAAAAAAUUAGAUGAAGCUAGAAAAACUGACAAUAGUUUAAGAUUUUUUAAAUUGGCGCCAAAAGAAGGAAGGCUUACCAAAAACCACAAAGCUGCUAUUAUUGUUAGAUUUGUUCCAAGAAGAUUAAGAUCAUUUACUCAAAAAUAUUGCAUCGCUAUGAUUAAGAUCGUAAAAGUAAACUUUCGAGAUGGCGUGAUAAAAGGAAAGGAUAUUGAAGUAAAGACAUUUUCAAGUCUUGUAGAUGCAGAGCAAUUUCAAAUAUGCUCUUUAAACUCAAUUGAUGAAAGCUUUAAGGAAAUUCCACUUUUUCCAAAUCAUUUAAACUUAUGCUUGUACGGAGAAAUCGAAGAACCCAAUGUUAAAUUAACGCCUCAUUCCAUUGACCGAGAUGAUUUAUGUGUGGGGCAAGUAUAUAACUUCACUUUCAACAUUCAGAAUGGAUCCAGCUAUUUGCCGAUAACAUUUAAGUAUCACAAAUAUGCCUGCUUCGAAAUGGAACCAGAGGAAAUGACCUUGAAGGCAAACGCUAAUGUUGAUGUUCUUUUAAUGUUGAAACCCUCGACCAUUGGGGAUAUUGAGACGGAUAUAAGUCUCUGCUUAACAUAUAAAGCUAACGGUCACGUUUAUAAAGUUGGUAAUGCAUACUUUCAUGUUCGAUACAAGUGUCACAAAGAUCCUUCAAUAACAAGUCCAAUGCUCAGGCGUAAAUUUAACAUGGGUAUCACACCAGCUAUAACCGAUGAAGUGGGAUUCUUGGUUGAUCAUACCAAGUUCGGAGAUGUAAAGGACGCACCAGUUCAGGCGUUUGUCAAUGUUGCAAAAAGAAAUGCCUAUCUUAGGGGAAAUACCAAUAUAGUCGCUUUUCCCAACGAUCGUCCAAGAAUAUUGCGACCGUGGAGCAGCGAUCUUGCUUAUCAAACAAUUUUUGCAAGUAUUCGUCGAAUUCAAGCCCCCGUAGACAAUUAUAUGCUGACGCAAUCUGAAACUCGACUAAAAAACGAAAACAAACAGAAAUAUAAUAACUUUAUCAGAAAAAAUAGGACAAAAGCAGUAGCGAAUGAAACUCUAGUGGACGAUAUAUAUCCAACUGAUCUGGAAAAAGUUUUGUUGACCAAAGAAAAAAUUAAACAUUGCCCAUUAUUUUUUACCGAAAAAUCUAAACCUCUAUUAUAUUUACCUUUAAUACCAGAGCAACUGAUGGGGAUUGAAGUAAAUCCACAUUACAUUCAACUCGGGAAAAUUGCGCCAUAUAUUAGCUGCUCUGACUUUUUUACAAUUGUCAACAAAAACGAAUUUCCUGUAGUGAUUAGCAUAGUUGCUCUAAGCAAUUCGGUCAUUGUCAAAGGAAAAAAGAGAAUAAAAAUAUCACCUUUUUCAACCGAAAAACUAUAUUUCGACUGUUUUUCCCAAGGCUUAGGCAAAUACUAUGUUCCAGUAUACAUAAUAGUCAACGACUGUCAUAUUUUCAAUGCUACAGUUUUCGCGGAAGUUGUUCCCACAACUGUUAAGUGCAAAUUGAAAGAUAUAACUAUUAACCCAAGGGAUAAUGUCGCUUUUGUAGAGUUAUUUAAUCCAGUGAAUUGUGCCAUUGACUUUUCUUGGAACGUCCAAGACAAAUGCUACAGUAUCCUGCCAUCGUGUGGUACUUUGGACUCAAGGAGAUCCCUUUAUUGUAAAAUAGUUUUUACUCCAAGUAUAGCUGCAGUGUUUAAAACUGAAAUCAUUCUCUACUCACAAAGUGGUGCUAAGCAAGUGUUGAAUUUGGUCUACAAAAAUCCACGACCUUCAAUUUUAUUCAACACGGAUCUAUUGGAAUUUAAAGACAUUCCCUUAAAUAUGAGAGUAUCAAAGACGUUGGUACUUAAAAAUAAUUCAGCUAAUAAAGUUGUGAUGUAUGUUAACGACCCACAUCCAAUGGAAGAACUCACCGUGACUCCACGUGUAGCUGUCAUACCCGGAAAAAGUAUUUUGUUUUUUCAAGUAUUUGCCCAUUUCAGGACAGUUCAAACAUUCAAAUGUGUAUGUAACUUCACUUUGCAAGAUGAGUAUAAUUAUCAAGUAAAUAUAGAAGGCGACGUAUGUUACCCUACUAUUGCUGUCAAACCAAGUUCCAUUCAAUACCAAAAAAUUCCCACAGGAGCUUGCCAUAGAAAGGUUUUCAGAUUAGAAAACACCAGCCAGUCAAAGCUCUCCGUAAAUUUUGAUUUUGAUUUAUACCGCGACUUCAGAAUAGUUGAUACGGCAAACAAAACUGUCGAUUCUAUUAACAUAGAACCCCACACGUCUGUAAAUUUGUAUCUAGAAUUCGAACCACUAGAACCAACAGCUUACACGUUCUAUGUUCCUAUGAUUCUAAACAAUUUAGUUGGCCCGCCGUUAUUAAACAAUCCCAAAAGCUUUGAAUACAGUAACUAUUUUGACGACCGAAGAACAGGAUUCGAGAAAUCACGAAAAACAAUGGUUGGGUUAAGGGUAACUUGUGCAGCUGGCGCUCCGUGGUUCAAGUUCUCUUCGUUUUCUAUGUCGUUCACAAGUGAUGCACCGAAUAACAAAUUCCUAGUUACCAAUAUAUCAAACAUCAGUCGAGAAUUGAAACUUAUGACCGAAAAUAUGAAGGAUUGCUUUUCCGUUGAAGUAGAAAACAAUACAGGUGCUCCCACUGUAAGGGAAAAAUAUAUAAGUGUCCAAUUAGAACCAGAACAAUCAGUAACAUUCUUGUUUUCGUUUAACACUGAAUCUCACGGAAUAUUCGAGAGCAACUUACUAUUUUAUGUUGGCGAUUAUUUUGGAAACUGUCCCUUUAAUCUUGUGAGGUUAUAUGCAACUACUACUCAACCAACGAUUCUCAGCAAAACCAAAAUGAUAUACAUUCCAGUAAUACCUAUCAAAACAAAGUUUAGCAAGAGCGUAGAUAUCGUGGUUAAUUUUCAUCUAGCCAAUUGUAAGUUAAAGUCAUCAUGUACACAUGAAUUCUUCAAAUCUGAUGUCAAAAGCUGCAAAAAGAAAGAUGAAGAUGGAAAGAAGUAUAAAUUGGUGGUCACGUUUUAUCCAAAAGAGGAAUGUGAAAUAAGGUCAGAGGUCACUAUAAGUUGCUCCUGCAAUGCUUCAUGUGAAAUUGGCAUUAUCGCUUCAUCAAACAAAAAUCUCCUUCUUUCUUAUAGACAUCGAAUGAAGUGGUACGUCGAUUGCGAAGUGCUUACGAGAUGUAAAAGUCACGAAUAUUUUGGAGUAAAUAGUAAUGACAUUUAUCAAGAAAAGAUAGACAGAAUGCAAGAAAUUUUGGAAAACUUUUUUUAUAGCCAAGGAUUUUUUACCACGGCGUUUUAUAGGAUUCCAGAAACUAUAGCAAGAUAUCCUUUUGACUUAUAUCGUCAGGAGAAAGAAAGAAGAACCGAAAAAAAGAAAGUUAUACACUUACCAGUUGUUAGUCUUUUACGAAAUCUGUCUGAUGGGAGUAUCGUAAAUGAAAUUGUCGAAAAGAAUACUAGCGCCUCAUUAGACGACAAUCUGGGUACUGCGUAUGACUAUGCAGUAUAUAGAAACGUUCUAAACUAUUUGGAACGAUAUGGGAUGUUUACAAACGAUAUAAGACCAGAAUUCCUUUUAACGUAUAUCAGAUACAUUACUUUUAGAGAAAGCAUUGAAGACAUUACAAAUACUACUAAUGGUGAAACGGUUUCCGAAGAAGAAUUUUCAGUUCUCAGUAAAGAAACGUGGCUAGAUUUUUUAUUAAGGAUUUACAAAUUAUUUUUUUAUGAUCGAUUGUUGUCAGAUAAAAUCUAUAAAGCAGGAAAAAUCGUUAUACACGACCAUUUCGAAGAAUCGCUUAAAGAAUAUCAUGAUCAAAAUAUAGAUUGUUUUUCAGACAAAAUGGAUAAAGCUGAGAUUAAUCUAUUGUUAUGGCUGGAAUUUCAUUUUCAGUCGAAAAAAGAUAAAUUGUGGCCAGAAAAACAUGUACCAGCAAGGGAAAUUAGAGAUUUAAGCGUAGAUAUCAGGGAUAGCCUCCCGUUAAUAACAUUACUAGCUACGUAUUGUCCCUAUUUGGAAGACUUAUUUAAAGAAAUCUACUUCGAGCCAUUUACCGAUCACGGACAACUUCUUCACAACGCUUGUUUGGUAUCGGAGGCAUGGAAUAAACUAGAAUUAUCUUAUACAAUUUCUACUAAUAACAUUGUAUCACCCACAAACACUGAAAUGACAAUUUUGUUGAUGUACCUCUAUACUGUGCUUCCAGGCUUUUAUCCAACCGAUCAACUAACCAUUCAAUCUAACCUAGGUGAAUCCUCUUCGGUGCAUGUGAUGUUAAAAAAUCCAGGGAAUACUCCUAUCAGUUUUAAGGCGAAUUUGUUUUUAAAUGACAACGGUAGUUUUCGUAUAAACACCAAUAUUGUCGUGAUUGAACCACAAAAAGAAAAGAAUGUUCAAAUAUAUUACACAGCCAAACAGAUCAUAAAUGAAAAUGCUGUGUUAGUGUUGUCUGGUGAAACUGGACUUUAUAAAUACUGUAGAAGCUCUGCCAUUAAUUUGACGGGAAUACCCAAUAUCCUGUAUUGUACAGAUGAAUACAUAAUUGAGCUAAAUAUGUAUCAAUACACCGAAAAAUUCCUAACAGUGACGUCACCGUAUUGUCAAAGUUAUGAAGCAUAUACUUGCUAUUAUAUAUAUGAUCCCACUAGCCUACCUUCAACAAUGGAAGAUUUUGUUUCUUUAAAUUCAUUUCCAAAUUUACCAAGACAGCUAAAUAUAGAUACAUUCAUAAAAUUUACAGAAAACGGUACUUACAAGUUGAGAAUAAAUCUUUGUUUUGUCACUCACGGAACUUACGAAUACUAUGUAUAUUUUGUAAGUAAAGAAAUAGGUGUUUUUUGCAUCAAGUUAACCAUCGAGUCGACAUUAUCUGAAGAUACUUUCGAAGAACUCAAAAUACGUAUUCCUUCCAAUUUUGACACUCACGCUGGUUGUAAGUGUAAAAGAGGUGCAAUCAAUUCUCUAUGCCCAAGAGUUAUCAAAGCUGCUAUACCUUUUCAAAAUCCUAAAUUAUUAGAAGGUUUACGAAGAAUGAUGUAUAUACACGCGGAUUCUAAUGAACGUGCUUUUUGGAAUAAACAUUUAGUAUUUCCAAGAGGAUUCCAUAUACUGCGUGAAUAUUUAAAGAUCAAUUUCGAUGACAUAUUAAUACCGUUUAAACGAAUUUUGGAUUCAGAAGUUGUCUACACUCCCAAAGCCAGAGGUAGAAAUUAUUCUCCGGAAGAAAAAAUACACAUAAAGGAUGUAACUGAUGAAGGAGUAUGGCAGUUGUUUAUUCACUGGGAUUCUCAGACAUUUCCUGGAACUGAAGUUCUGUACCUAAAAUCAGAUCAUGAACAAGAACUACGGAAGUAUAAUUUGACGUUUUGGACACGAGAGAAAAGAAUAUUAUAA